AAAAUAAUGUGCGUUUGUAAAAUUGCAACAAAUUCAUAAAAUAUAUCAUGAAAAAAAUAAAUACUAAAAUUCCGGGUAUCUUACCACCACCACCAAAAACUGAAAUAGAUGGAAAAAUAGAAAAUUUAACUUCCAAAUCCAUAACAGAGUUACUAGAACUGCGUGAUCGUCAAGUAAAACUUUUAGGAAACAAAGUUUUCAUAUCAAAACUUAGUGAUAAAGGAGAAAGAAUUCAGUUGUUCCUCGAUAAAAUUAAAGCAGAAUUGAAAGCAAAACAAGAAGAGGAUCAAGCAUGUAAGUUAUUCAGUAAAUUAGAUCUUAAUCCAAUCGACAAAAAAGCUUUAGAAAAUGUGGAAUGGGAAGGCAGAAUACGAAAAAACGAGAACACUUUCUUAGAUUCUGAUGACGAUAGUGAGCCAGAAGAUGUAAUACAAAUACUCAGCCAAAACACUGCACAGAAGAAUGUAAAAGUUUUAAAGCCUGAAAAACCUUUAGUGACACCUGAAGAUAUUAUUAACAUUGGUGAAGUACCGCAUGUUAAGUAUAUUGUUGAGAAAACAGAACAUAAAGUAAAGCCUAAAACUACAGGUAAUUUCAAACCUUAUAAGACCACAACAUCUGAUGCCCACAAUCCCGAAAAAGAGAUAUUAAGAAAGAAACACAAACAUUGGGAAGUAACGGCUGCUACUCCACCUCCUAUAGUGCACGGGCCCGCCAAAGUAUUGAGCAUAGAAGAGUCUCUAAAGUUACAAACAGACUAUAACAUUCAUUUGAAGAAGGUGGAAGCGCAACAUGCAGCUGAAAAGCUUUUGGCAAGAACAGAUUUCAAAAUGAACGAACUUCCGAGUGAUGUAAAGUCCUUUGGAAAAUACAGAACAGUGGAUAGUGAUGAUUCUGAAUCGGAGCAGUCUGAUGCAGAAGGUUCCAACAAGGAGGUACACGAUGAAGAGCCGGAAAAAGGUGGUGUUGUGUUUACUGUCAUGAAAUAAUUUGUUUAAAUCUAGGAAGAGAGAAAGGAUGGACUCUGGAGUAAUAGACUUUUUAAAUAUUGUGGGCUUCAAACCAUAAGUGACCCCUACUUUUCAGGAAGCAACAAAAGCUAAUAAGUUUUUGUUUAACACCUCCAUUGUGGGUUUCGCAGACACAAACAUUUUCAAUUGUUAUAUGGCAGCCGGCAUCCACUUGGGGAUUGAUGGGCUAAUUCAUCUCUACAACUGAAAAUAUAAUAAUUAACAUACUUUUUUAUAUGCCAUUCUGGCUGGAGGCCCACGGAUAUUAUGUAAUUUAAAAAAAGCAAAUCAAUAAGCUAUUUUGAAACCUUUCAUGGAGUGGUAUGAAAUACUAAAAAUAUUUAACCCAUCGAUCGUGGAAUAAUGAGA